AGUCGAGGAAGUGGUGUCGUUUCCGAGUGCCGUGGCCGGUGACGAGGCGAGCGUGGAAUAGUGGUCAAUAUGACACCGAUCCUCCUCGUCCUGUUGGCGGCGAUCGACCCAAUUUUCACGCAGAAUGCCGGGCCGCCAGAAAUCAUCGUGAGGCCGCAGUCGCAGCAAGUUAAGGCCGGAGGAAUAGCCAGCUUCUACUGCAGCGCCCUGGGCGCCCCCAAGCCCCAGAUCUACUGGAGGAAGAAGGGCAAAAAGUUCUCACAGGCCCAGACCAGGUACAUCGUCCACGAGUACGAGAACGGCGUCUUGCUGCGCAUCGAGUCCGUCAGGUUGCAGAAGGACAAUGCCGUGUUCGAGUGCCUCGCAGAAAACGGCGUCGGGGACGCCGUAGUCGCCACUGCUCAGCUGACCGUAGUGGAUCCUGGUAACAUGCCGAUGGGCUUCCCGGUGAUAACGCAGGCCCCGAUCACCAAAGUCGUCGAGCUGGGCCACAGCGCGAUGUUGUCCUGCACCGCCGUCGGCUCCCCGACGCCCAUCAUCUCGUGGGUGCGCGACAUGAUACCCAUCAACACCUCGGACCCGCGGUACACCGUCCUGGAAACCGGCACCCUGCAGAUCGUUGACUCCAAGGAGGUGGACCAGGGCAAGUACGAGUGCGUCGCCAACAACUCGGUCGGCACGGAGUACUCGAAGAGCAACAACUUGUACGUCAAAGUCAGAAGAGUGCCGCCACAGUUCUCCAUCCCACCCAAACCACUCACCACUGUCAUGUUGGGCGGAUCUGUCACCCUGACGUGUGUGGCUUCCGGGUCGCCGCUACCGUAUGUCAAGUGGAGGCAGGAGCCGGCUACUGAUCUCACGCCGGAUGAUAAGGUGCCCCUUGGAAAGAACACCCUGAAGCUCACCGACAUCCAGGAGUCGGCAAAUUACACGUGCAUCGCCCACAGCGAACUCGGCGCCAUCGAGGCUACCGCUAUGGUCAAGGUCCAAUCUCUGCCGGGACCCCCGGAAGACGUCCAGGUCUCCGACAUCACCGCCACUUCCGUCAAACUCGCGUGGUCCUACAAGAGACCCGAUCAGCUGAUGUACUACGUCAUCCAGUACAAGCCAAAAUCCGCCAAUCAGGCCUUCACGGAGAUUUCGGGCAUCACCACCAUGUACUACCAUGUCAGGAGCCUCAGUCCCUACACGGAGUACGAGCUCUAUGUCAUCGCUGUCAACAAAAUUGGCCGCGGCCCCGCGAGCGCCCCUGUCAUCGUCACCACCGGCGAGACGACGGAAUCAACUAAUGGAGGCGCCACACCUGGAACGGCACCAAGGAAGGUCCAAGUGCGACCCCUGAGCUCCAGCACCAUGGUCAUCCAGUGGGAGGAGCCAGAAACUCCAAACGGCCAAGUGACGGGUUACAAGGUGUACUACACGACGGACCCUGACCAGCCGAUGGCUUCGUGGCUCUCCCAGAUGGUGGACAACAGUCAGCUGACCACCAUCUCCGACCUGACCCCGCACUCUAUAUACACGAUCAGAGUGCAGGCGCUGACCAGUGUUGGUCCAGGACCACUUAGUCCUCCGGUCCAGGUGAAGACGCAGCAGGGCGUGCCGAGUCAGCCGGAGAUGCUGACGGCGGUGGACAUCGGGGAGUCCUCGGUGACGCUCCAGUGGAGCAAGCCGGCUCAUGGCGCCGAGAACAUCCUCGGCUAUGAGCUAUACUGGAACGACACUUACGGCAAGGAGAAGUACCACCGGUCCAUCCCCGCCACGGAGAACUACACCCUGACGAAGCUGUACCCCAACACCCUCUACUACGUGUGGCUAGCUGCGAGGAGUCAAAGAGGAGAAGGCGCCACCACGAUUCCGUACCCAGUGCGCACCAAACAGUACGUCCCCGGGGCUCCGCCUCACAAUGUAAACGGACAUGCGACCAGCCCGACCUCCAUUUGGGUUUCGUGGGAGCCCCCAUCAACCAAUCGCUCCAACGGACGAAUCGCGUACUACAAGCUGCAGGUCGUCGAAAACGGACGCGCCGACUCGGAGGCCAAGGUUAUCCUACUGAACGACACGAAUUUCGUGUUGGACGAGCUCAAAAAGUGGACCGAGUAUCGGAUCUGGGUUCUUGCCGGGACCAGCGUAGGUGACGGGCCUCCGAGUUUUCCUAUCCUUGUCAGAACUCACGAGGAUGUACCGGGUCAGCCUCAGGACGUGAAGGUAUCGACGAUCAACUCCACGGCGAUCCACGUGGAGUGGAAGCCGCCCUUGGCCGACAACCAGAACGGCAUGCUCCGGGGGUACCACAUCCACGUCCAGGAAGUUAAGGAUGCCGGUAAGGAGCUGCUGAACGAGCCCAUCCGCAAGGACGUGGUGGAGAAGGUCCACGAGGUGAACAUCACGGGGCUACAGCCUGAUACCAGCUACUCAGUGCAGAUAGCAGCCCUGACGAGGAGGGGAGACGGGGACAGGUCCACCCCAGUGCACGUGAAAACACCUGGAGGAGUGCCGAACAAGCCGCAGAUGACCCUGAGCGUCAGGACCAGGAUCCCCAUCGACAUGGACCUGAAAUGGACAAAGCCUACGCAGACCUAUGGGGCGCUUUUGGGGUACCGCGUCAGGUACGGCAUAAAAAAUCAGACCCUGAAGGAGGACUACGUCCCGGCGACCGACCAGCACCACACGUACAGGAUCACGGACCUAGAGGAGCGAGGGGUCAGCUACGAGUUCCGAGUGGCCGGACAGAACAGCAUCGGCUUCGGCCAGGAGGCGGUGCAAUAUUGGUUCAGUCCAGAAGGCAAGCCCACAGGACCCCCCACGAACCUGUCGUACCACUUCCAGACACCUGACACGGUUUGUGUGACCUGGGACCAGCCAGAGCGCCACCUCAGGAACGGCCUGAUCAUCCACUACGACGCGGAGUUCCACAAAAAGAGCGACCAUGGGACCAUCAUCCUCAGGAAUGGAACCACGCAGACUAGAGCGGUGUUCACGGACCUUGAAGAGAACACGGAGUACGUGUUCCACGUCAGGGCGCACACGAGUCAGGGUGCUGGUCCCUACUCGGAGAAGGUGACCAUCCUGACGGACAAGGACAUCGGUAGAGCUCCCAUGUCCAUCAACGUGGUGGCCACCUCCGAGUCCAGCGUGGAGGUUUGGUGGGAGCCGGUGCCGAACCGCGACAAGGUCGUCGGUUACCACAUCUUCUACACCAAGACCGCGGUGGAGGACCUGGACGAGUGGAAGCAGAAGAUCGUGGGUCAGACCGAGUCGGCGGACCUGGUGAACCUGGAGAACUACGCCCAAUACGCGAUCGCAAUCGCUGCGAGGUAUAAAACGGGUCUAGGGAGACUGAGCUCCAAGGUGACGGUCACCGUGAAUCCUGAAGACGUGCCCCUGGACCUGCGUGCACCAGACUCCUCGACGCACUCGAUGACUCUGUCAUGGACUCCGCCUAGGAGGUUGAACCCUGUCAAUUAUAAAGUGUCGUUCGACGCGGUUAAAGAAUUCAGAGACUCCCAGGGGAUCACGCAGACCCAGGUGGUGCCUCGCAAAAUGAUCCUGUUGGACUCUCAAUACACGACCACGACCAUCAACGAGCUGCAGCCCUUCACGACGUACAACGUGAACGUCAGUGCGGUGCCAUCGGACGGAAGCUACCGACCCCCCGCGAAGAUCACGGUGACGACCCAAAUGGCGGCCCCGAAGCCGAUGGUGAAGCCUGACUUCUAUGGCGUGGUCAAUGGGGAGGAGAUUCAGGUGAUCCUGCCCCAGGCUUCCGAGGAGUAUGGCCUGAUUUCCCAUUAUUAUCUCAUCGUGGUCCCUGAAGACGAGAGCACAGCCGACAAGCAGCCUGACGAGUUCACCGAGGAGAUGAUCACCGGGAAGAGCGCCAAGCAGGAGUGGGAAAACGCGCCCUACAUCGCCGCCAAGUUCCCCCAUAGGGAUAUUCCCUAUACCUUCCAUCUAGGGAGUGGAGAGUUCUUCGAAGGGUACGAGAACAGGAAGCUGGAGAGGAGCAAGAGGUACAGGAUCUUCGUCAGGGCCAUCGUGGACACGCCUAGAAAGCAUCUGUACACGUCCUCGCCGUUCUCGGAAUACCUGAGUCUGGACAUGCGGGAAGUGCCUCCUGGGGAUCCGCCCAGCAGACCCAACCCCAACACCCCCGUGGAUGGCAACCCUGAAGUGUCUGUGAAGACCAGUGGCCAGGAACCGGGCAUGGUCUGGGUAGUGGGUCCCAUAAUCGCGGCGCUGAUGGUUAGCGUGUGCCUAGUUCUGCUCUUCGUCAUCAAGAAGCGAAGGCAGCCCUGCAAAGCACCGGACCAGGCUGCAGUGACAAGGCCCCUGAUGGCUGCGGACAUCAGCUCCAACCAUGCCCCUCUAGACCCUGUCGAGAUGCGCAGACUGAACUUCCAGACCCCUGGCAUGAUCUCCCACCCACCCAUCCCCAUCAGCGAGUUGGGCAACCACAUAGAGCGUCUGAAAACGAACGACAACCUCAAGUUCAGCCAAGAGUACGAGUCCAUCGAGCCGGGCCAACAGUUCACCUGGGACCACUCGAACAUGGAGGUCAACACCUCGAAGAACCGCUACGCGAACGUCAUCGCCUACGACCACUCGAGGGUCAUCCUGCAGACCAUCGACGGGAUCCCAGGCUCGGACUACAUAAACGCGAACUACUGCGAUGGGUAUCGCAAACAGAACGCGUACGUGGCUACCCAGGGUCCUCUUCAAGAGACCUUCGGGGACUUCUGGAGGAUGUGCUGGGAGCUGCGCACCAGCACGAUCGUGAUGAUGACGAAGUUGGAGGAGAGGACGAGGAUCAAGUGCGACCAGUACUGGCCGACGAGGGGAGCGGAGACGUACGGACUGAUGACGGUGACCAUCAGCGACGUGCAGGAGCUGGCCACGUACUGCAUCCGGACCUUCCAGGUGUGCAGAGCCGGCUACUCGGAGAGAAGAGAUAUCAAGCAGCUUCAGUUCACGGCCUGGCCCGACCAUGGGGUUCCGGAACACCCUGCUCCCUUCCUGCAGUUCCUGAAGAGGGUCAGGUCCCUCAACGUCCCCGACAGCGGUCCCCUGGUCGUUCACUGCAGCGCCGGGGUCGGAAGGACCGGGUGCUUCAUCGUCAUCGACUCCAUGCUGGAGCGGAUCAAGCAUGAGAAGAUGAUCGACAUCUAUGGGCACGUGACUUGCCUGCGUGCCCAGAGGAACUACAUGGUGCAGACCGAGGACCAGUACAUCUUCAUCCACGACGCCCUCCUGGAGGCGGUGAUCUGUGGGAACACGGAAGUGCCCGCGCGGAACCUGCACUCUCACAUCCAGAAGCUGAUGCAGCCGGAGCUCGACAACAUCACCGGCAUGGAGCUAGAGUUCAAGAAGCUCUCCAACAUCAAGGCCGACUCCACCAGGUUCAUCUCGGCGAACCUGCCCUGCAAUAAACACAAGAACAGACUGGUGCACAUCCUUCCGUACGAGUGCACCAGGGUGUGUCUGCAACCACAGCGCAACAUCGAAGGGUCCGACUACAUAAACGCCAGUCUGAUAGAUGGCUAUCGCUACAGGGCGGCUUACAUCGCCACCCAGGGUCCUCUUAUCGACACCACCGACGACUUCUGGAGGAUGCUCUGGGAGCACAACUCCACCAUCGUCGUCAUGCUCACCAAGCUGAAGGAGAUGGGCCGCGAGAAGUGCCACCAGUAUUGGCCUUCCGACCGAUCCAUCAGGUACCAGUGCUUCGUGGUCGACCCCAUCGCCGAGUACAACAUGCCUCAGUACAUCCUGAGGGAGUUCAAAGUCACCGAUGCCAGGGAUGGGGCCAGUAGGACCGUCAGACAGUUCCAAUUCAUAGACUGGCCGGAACAGGGAGUCCCCAAGUCCGGGGAUGGGUUCAUCGACUUCAUCGGUCAGGUGCACAAGACCAAGGAGCAGUUUGGUCAGGAUGGUCCCAUCACCGUCCACUGCAGCGCUGGAGUCGGUCGCACGGGGGUCUUCAUCACGCUCAGCAUCGUCCUGGAGAGGAUGCAAUACGAGGGGGUCGUCGAUAUCUUCCAGACCGUUAGGAUACUACGCACCCAGAGACCUGCGAUGGUGCAGACUGAGGACCAGUAUCAGUUCUGCUACCGCGCUAGUUUGGAAUACUUGGGCUCGUUCGAUCAUUACGCCAACUGACAAGCAGACCCUCGGGAUCAGAGGGAGCCACCCAGAGAAAGAACUGAUCGACUCAGGAACAGAGAGGUCAUCAACGAGAGAGCGAAGGUGCGACGGGUGUGAGGUGUUGGGUUUUUUUAGGAAAUGGGCCUUAUGGGACGAGUCAGUUCUGCUGGCCGAUCAAUUUGGGACGUUCGGGCUCCUCCGAUCACUGGGCUACUGAUUUAUUUUGAAGAGACUGCAAAUGUACCGACGAGGGAGCGAAUCAAUCGACUGACGACUACCCUGAUGGGAGGUUUGAUCGCGAUCGACCGGAAAUUGUCGGUCGUUCGGCGUGACUAGAUGAGAAGAAACGUCAAAGUGAAAGAAAUGGAUCGUGACUUGAAGUUCCCGUCGACUUCAUCGCCUUCAUCAACUUAGAAAACUGAAGAGUGACCGACAUACGCGACGAGAAACCAGGCUGCGUCUCGCGCCGAAUACAUUUUUGGCUAUUAGGCCCAAUUAGGACGUUCACGCGACCUGGUGAGACGCGGUUCCUUUCCUGAAGAGCUUCGACCGAUCGAGCUUAAGCUCCUAUUCGUUAGUCAAUUCGUGUACAGGCCACGCGAAGCUUGCCAGGCACGAGUGUAGAGAGAAGCGCGCGAGAACGAUGACGGUCGGCCACCUGGAGACUUUGGGCGCCGAUUUCUCGACUUUCCGACUAUCAAACCUUCUUCAGCUUGGCCCACCCCAUUCCUUGGACCGGAUAGGCUGCACCUCGACUAUUGGAAUCGUGAUGUGCAAGAAAUUCUAUGCAGAAUCCCGCGAAAACGGAUUUUGGUCGACGCCAUCUUGGCACGCUCCACCUGCACGUGCGGUCCUUCCAGAAAACUCGAGCCGCGACCUAGUCGGGGAUCCUUCUGGAACGAGCCUCCUGGAAAUUCAUGGAAUUAAAAGAACCUAAAAAUCCAUAUCGAGUUCCGCGACAAGUGCACGCGAUCUUGUCUCUUUAGGAACAGAAUCCUCGAGGUUGCGAGUCGCUUCGGCGACCUCGAGGACCGACGAGGAGAAUCGAAAUAGCGAAUACUCGCCGAGGGGCACAUAUCCGAGCGCAAGCUUCGACGUCCGAGACGUCUUUUUCGACUUCCUUAGGCUUUUUGAGAUCCUUUAACCGAGACCACGGGCUCCCUAAUCGUAUUUAGAGCUAGUCUACAAUCUAAGACUGAGUACGGAUGCAGGGAUCCUUCCCUAGAAAUCUGGAUCUUGAAAAGUCCUCCCACCAGCGGGGGUCCUUCGACCAAAAUCGGACGAGGCUCGCAAAAGGAACCAGACCCUUCGAGAACCCAAAACAAGGGAACGGAAACUGUUCUUCAACAUUACCAAUGUGAUUGGAAGUAUCGAAAGGAGCGGGAAAUCGCCAUACUGCCAAACCGAAGGACCGUCGAUGAAGAGGAAGAAGCGACGCCCUGCCCUGAAGACACCCACUGAAGGCAUCAUCAUCAUCUCCCGUCACUCUGGUUCGGAUUCAACCACGAAGAGCGAUGCGUUAACCCAUAAGACAUAACUAAGAGUAGAUUAGGCGACGAUAGAGCGAAUGAGGAGCGAAUUUAGUCCUUAAGGUGUACGAGUGUCGAGGAUGCCUGUUGUGUCCGACCCCGAAGAAGCACUCCUGGCUCGCGUGGGGAGUCUCGAAGGAGGAAACUCCAAAGUGAACACUUCGAGGUAGCUCUUCAGGGUCUCCCCACGACCCGGGGCUUCGUGUCAGCCCCGAAGAUCGCACGUCGUUCUUGAUCCCCGACAGGAAUAGCUGAAGAAUGAAGGAAACCUAACAGAUAUCGUACAAACGUCGGGGAUUUCAACGCUUGCACCUCCUUCCGCAGUUUCACACAUUCCAAAGGACGGCCGACCGAUUUCCCGGUCUGAUCAAAAUCGUUUAUGCUUCUUCCAAUGAUAUCAAGGAAUAAUCAUCUCCCUCGGGAUAAUUUAUUUCCAUUAUUUUUCUAACCAAGAAAUAAUUAUAAUGAAACCCGCUGGAAAUUCACCCUCCCUGUUGAUGACGCCCAAUUGGGACUCUUAAAAUCAUUAAAAUUUCAACUGUAAAUCAGGCUUUUAUUGCAGUAUUAUUUUUUCUAGUUGGAAAAUAGGGGAAUUAUUGUUAUCGCAUUCUACAGGGCGUGUCAAAAUUCCCCGUAGAUGGGAUGUCGCCAUAGACUGUCGAAAUCGGUCGACCUGGUUUCUUCAUGAUGGACUCAAGUUCCCUGCCCAGUGCAGUGGGAAUUCGUUACUGUUUCUAAGGUGCAUCGCCGAUCGCAUUGUAUUCGUUUUCCACGGAAACUAGGCCGCAAAUUGCGGAAACCCUUGCGGGGCGAACCGCGGAAACUGGCUGCGGAAUCUCGCUAUUAAGUAUAAGCCGAGCGCCGGGGACGUUCUUCGUGGUGGAGGUCGAAGAGUGCGAAGACUCGCCCUUGGAUCGAGGGGGCGACCACGAAGAGUCCAGCUUUCACGCUCGUUUCGGUCUGGAAAGACAAUAAAGCACGCUGCCAGUUUCCGCGGCGUCCCAUAAAUUUAGCGAACCCGGCCUCGAGAAGAGAGGAGCACUUCCGCUCUCUAAUCGCAUUUAAGCCCUCCAGAAAGACGUAUAAAAAAAUCGACAAACUCCAUAUUCCCCUUCCUGACCCCAUAGAAAUUUGCACGCAUUUCUAGACCCCCCUUGUAACUGAAAGUCCACGAUAGAAAAAUGUAAAAUCGAAAAAUCAGGAAUCAGAAGAUGUACAAAGACACGUGACCUUGUAUAUUUUCCGUAUCAGCGCACUUUUAUUUCAAUUAAAUGUAACAUUGCAUUAUCAUUAUUCUUUUUUCUUCUUUUUUUUUUUUUUUUUUACUUAGAUGCCGAAUGUGAUAUCACGGAGACAAUGUCAUUUUCCUGCAGCUUAUUGCGGCAUUGAAAUCACCAAUGAUCGAGGAAAUUUCUAUGGGGAUUUUUAUCAGUCAUUCAUAACAGAUUUAUCAAUUUUUCUUUAUCGACUUUUAUUCGAGAUCCUCCGCCUCUUCUCGGGUCCGGAACCACCGGUGACCUUCUCGUUCUCCAGAAGCGUUCUCCAGGAGUCGAUGUCGACGAAGCCACCUGUACAUAGCCCCGCACCCAUUUCUCAGCGACAGCGUUACACCUGUACACAUAAGACGUAUAUAAAUAUAUACAUAGAUAUAUAUAUAUAUAUAUAAAUAUGAAUAUAACUAUAAAUAUGAAUAUAAAUAUUAUAAAUAUCGUUCUGACCGCGAACCGAAGAGACGCCCUUCCGGGUUUCAGCAUCCUGGCGUCUAAGCGAACGUGAAGAAUCGGAAUUAGUGGAGAAAAAGAAAGGAGAGAAUAUAUACGAGGGAAUAAUCGGCAUCUAGCUUCUUCGACACCUUUUUUCUACCGUGUACCGACACACACACACUCGCGACGCGUCGCGCUCUUUUAUAUAUUUUUACAAGACCUACUCGCAUCAUACGUACACGUUUUCUAAGGACCCUCCGAUCGAGUUUAGUUCGUAGCCAGUCGGAAUAAGUGCAGCUUCGAGUUCUCCCUUGUGGCCGCGAAUAAACGUCCCCGCCGCUCCGGUUAUUCCUGAAGAGUAACUCGCGUUAAAGAGUGAGAAUAAUGGCCGCCGAGGAAGACGGACUAAAUAAUCGAAUAGCUAAUUAAUCCCCUAUUUCGAAUCCCUUCUCCGCCCCUCGGAACUCCUCCCGAAAUAAAAGGAACGACGAAGAGGAACGAAGGAAAAUUCAAUUGCCCUCAAUAAUCCCCUGAAGCGUGAAACGCGAAAUUUCCUAACAAAGAUACGAUUAAAAGAAACGUUAAACCGCCCUGUAAAUUGCCCCAUCUCGCAAUAAAUCACCCUUCCUCCACCGAGAAGGCAAAUCUGGGAGCGAGGAGAGAAAAGAAAAUAAAGAAUCGUCGGUAACGUAAAUUGUUGUAGUUACGUGUUACGGUAGUACCCGGGAAAGGAGAAGAAGAAUAAGAAACGAGAUAAUGCUCCGAAAUGCAUUUUCCCCGCACACAUACACAUGGAUAUACACGUGGGCAUGUAUACGUAUAUACACACAAAGUCCAGGAUGCGCGUUCAAUGAUACACGUGUACAUGUCCCCACGUGUACGAUUGCAACGUAACGAGGUUACGUUUUUUUCUACUACGACGCGCCACCUCGAGGAGCAUCGCCAUUAACAAAAAGGAAACCCUGAGGACCGCGAUGGACAAAGGAACGAGGGAGUCCAUUUCCGUGUAGGUUGUAUUUUAGCUGCGUGUCUGUCGGAAUAGUCCCUAAGUUAUUUUCUAAGCCGGAGUUGUAUAGCGCCCGUGGCAUGUUGUAUUCUUCUUCUUGAAAUCGCAGGGGUUGGCGGCCAUGCCGCGAACAUGGCGCCGGAGCUAAAUAGUUAGUACGACUAAAUAGCGGUCUCCACGGAUUGUCGACUCCUCUCGAGACUAGGAAACCCCGAGGGAAACGGACCUCGAGGGGAGUCCCCGCUCCGGGGGUUGGACUUCCAGAUGUAGAGUCGCCGCGCCAAGUCGCAGCCCCGAGGGCCAUUGGAGUAGAGUCAGCAGCAGGACCUCAUAGAGAGAAAGAGAGAGAGAGUGGGAAAUUAUUUUGUGAUACUUUCUUGCCAGAAAGAAUACAACAGGCUCGGAGAGGCGGCACGUGGAGCACGAUGUUAUCGAUUCAAUAAUUAUACAAAUUAAAUAUUGUCUAAUAGGAGGAGUCUAUUGACGAGGAGAAAUACCAUGUACAUUAUGUAUUGCCUUUUGGCGUCAAUAAAAUAGCGAC